UCUAUCCAUUUCGUGUCUCUCUCCACUCUCGACUCUAAAUUUAUAUUCAUAUCAAAGAUUUGCAGACUGUGUAACUUCGGGUUGAGGAAAUUUCAUCUUCUUUGAGUAAUACCAUAAGAAAAGUCGAUCAGCGGAGCGUAUAAAUUUGGCGUUAUUGAAGAAAAAGAAUAAAUAUACAGUAUUUUUGAAAAAAACCCAGAAAUUGUCGGCCGUAGAAAUCUUGUGAUCUAGGGUUUCUGGGAUAGACUGCCGGGAGUGGAGAAAUGGAUAGCUCGCACGGUGCUGCGUUGAGCGCGUCUCAGGUUGGUUCGUACUUUGUGCAACAAUAUUAUGAAGGGCUUCAGCAGCGACCUGAUUGUGUUCAUCUCUUCUAUUCUGGUGCGAGCUCUAUCGUUAGAGUUGACGGGGAGUCCAGUCAGUCUGCUUCCACACUCAUGGACAUACAGUCACUAAUCCUGUCAGCAACUUUCUCAGGGAUCAAGGUUAAGACAAUAAAUUCGCUCGAGUCUUGGAAGGGAGGUGUUCUUGUUGUGGUUUCUGGGACUGUGAGGCUCAAGGAUUUCGGCAGGUGGAGGGAAUUUGUGCAGACAUUUUUCCUUGCUCCUCAGGAUAAUGGGUACUUUGUUCUUAAUGAUGUCAUAAAUUUUGGCGAUGAUGAGGUGAAGAACCAACCACCACCUGUUGCUGUUGCCGAUAACCAUUUUGGUGCUCAGCCAACUGCACACAGUCCUCAUGGGGAAGCACCAGCCUCAGACUACACAUUGGAGGAGCAGGCAAGAGAAUAUAUGAACAUGGUCAAUCUAGAAGGAAACAAUUCUGUGGGUGAAUAUGAUUAUUCCAAGUAUCAGCAAGAUUUGCAAGAACCUGUCUAUGAGGCAGAAAGAGUGAACGAGGAGCAGCCUCCAUUCGAAGAAGAGUCAUAUGAGUUGCAAAACAAUGUGGAAGCUUCUGAGGUUCCGGAACCAUCUUGGGAAGAACCUGUUGUAGAGACAGCUAAGCUUAGUUAUGCUUCCAUAGUGCGUGCAGCAAAAGGAAAGUCUCCGCCAUCUGUCAGUGUGCAGCCAACUUUCGCCAAGAGCACACCACCUCCUUCAGAAUGGCAGCAGUCAGUCGUUCAACAGUCAAAUGCCAUCUCAGCUGUUUCAUACGAUAACAGUCAUGAACAUGCUGAUGAAGGCUAUUAUCAAGAAGGGGAACCAUUGUCUGUGUACGUUAGGAACUUACCAACUACUGUAUCAACUCAAGAUCUUUUUAGAGAGUUUCAGAACUUUGGAACAAUCAAGCAAGAUGGAGUGUUCUUGAGAAACCGCAAGGAAGUCGGUGUCUGCUAUGCCUUUGUUGAAUUUGAAAAUAUCCAGGGUGUUCAGAAUGCUCUCAAGGCUUCUCCUAUACAUUUAGAUGGAAGGCCAGUCUUCAUUGAGGAGAGGAGACAAAACAACAACAACAACAACAACAACAUGGCUUCGCGUGGAGGACGAGGAAGGGGUGGAAGGGGUAGAGGUCGAUCUGGGGGGCGCGCAUUUGGAAGGGGAACUUAUCAAGACAAUGCUGAUUAUAACAGGGGGAAGAGUAACGGCUUUCGUGCGGUUUAAGAUCUCUGGUCUGCCAGUGUGGCAGAGAGCAAUUGCAGCUGGGUGUUUUUUGUCUUUUCAGUGGUACUUGGUCGUGUAACUCGUUUUGAGGGUUUUGAUUUUUGAAUGUUCGGGGGUGAGGUGUUAGGGUUUUGUUUCCUUUUUUUAUAACGCGCAAACAUAAAAACCAACUUGUGUGCUACAUUGAUGUUUUGCAUUGGGUUAAAGAAUUUUUGACAUUGCU